CCCCGCAGCCUGGCCACACUGAUUAGAUGUUUCUUUUUGCAACUUUUGCAAGUCCAGAAAAAAGAAAACAAAAAGAAAAAGAGGAAGUUAGCUGCUGCCGCCGGUGCUGAGGUGUUGAAAUCGAACUAAUAUCGCCCGCUGCUGCUUGGAAAAUCACAGCCCCAUUGUCAAGCCGACCGAAGCGAAACGAAAACAUCAACAUGGCACUGAAGAAAGUGAAGGGCAACUUUUUCGAGCGUAUGUUUGAUAAAAACCUAACAGAUUUGGUGCGCGGCAUCAGGAACAACAAGGAUAAUGAGGCCAAAUACAUAUCGACGUGCAUCGAGGAAAUCAAACAGGAGCUGCGACAGGACAAUAUCAGUGUCAAGUGCAAUGCGGUGGCCAAGCUCACCUAUAUACAAAUGCUGGGCUAUGACAUUUCCUGGGCGGGAUUCAACAUCAUCGAGGUGAUGAGCUCUUCCCGUUUCACCUGCAAACGAAUCGGCUAUCUGGCGGCCAGCCAAUGCUUUCAUCCAGACAGCGAGCUUCUUAUGCUUACCACAAACAUGAUACGCAAGGAUCUCAAUUCGCAGAAUCAGUACGAUGCUGGAGUGGCGCUCAGUGGGCUAAGCUGCUUUAUUUCACCCGACCUAUCCCGCGAUUUGGCCAACGAUAUUAUGACCUUGAUGAGCUCAACGAAACCGUAUCUGCGCAUGAAAGCCGUCCUUAUGAUGUAUAAAGUAUUUUUACGCUAUCCCGAGGCAUUGAGACCUGCAUUUCCUAAACUCAAAGAGAAACUGGAAGAUCCAGAUCCAGGUGUCCAAUCAGCUGCCGUGAAUGUUAUUUGUGAAUUAGCACGUAAGAAUCCAAAAAACUACCUGCCCCUGGCGCCGAUCUUCUUCAAACUGAUGACCACAUCGACCAACAACUGGAUGCUGAUCAAGAUUAUCAAGCUGUUUGGCGCUUUAACUCCCUUAGAACCCCGGCUAGGAAAGAAAUUAAUAGAACCACUCACAAAUCUAAUUCAUAGCACCUCGGCGAUGAGUCUCCUGUACGAGUGCAUCAACACGGUGAUCGCGGUCCUCAUCAGCAUCAGCAGCGGCAUGCCGAACCACAGUGCCUCCAUCCAGCUCUGCGUCCAGAAGCUGCGCAUCCUCAUCGAGGAUUCGGACCAAAAUCUUAAAUACCUUGGACUACUGGCCAUGUCCAAGAUCCUCAAGACGCACCCAAAGAGCGUGCAGGCGCACAAGGAUUUGAUUCUGGCCUGCCUGGACGACAAGGAUGAGUCCAUCAGGCUGCGGGCUUUGGAUCUGCUCUAUGGCAUGGUCUCGAAGAAGAACCUAAUGGAGAUCGUGAAGCGACUGCUGGGUCACAUGGAGCGAGCCGAGGGCUCCGCUUACCGGGACGAGCUGCUCUAUAAGGUGAUCGAAAUCUGCGCCCAGAGCUCCUACCUGUAUGUGACCAACUUUGAGUGGUAUCUGACGGUGCUGGUGGAGCUGAUCCAGCUGGAAGCUGGCUCGCGGCAUGGCCGGCUCAUCGCCGAGCAGCUGCUGGACGUGGCCAUUCGGGUGCCGGUGGUGCGGCAGUUCGCCGUUAAUGAGAUGACCAACCUGCUGGACACGUUCACCGUCUCGGCGCAAAGCAACUCCAUGUACGAGGUGCUCUACGCCGCCGCCUGGAUUGUCGGCGAGUUCUCCGGCGAGCUGGAGGACGCCGAGAAGACGUUGAAUAUCCUGCUGCGACCGCGACAACUUCCCGGCCACAUCCAGGGCGUUUACGUGCAGAACGUGAUCAAGCUAUUCGCCCGCCUGGCCACCACGUGUCUAGAGCUGCAGGAUCUGGCAGGAUUAAUAAGACUUUGCGACCAUGUCCUGGAGAAGCUGCAGCACUUUAACGGCUCCAGCGAUAUCGAGGUCCAGGAGCGAGCCAACUCCGCCUGCAUGUUGAUCGAAAUGCUGCGCAACCAACUGGCGACGUCGGAGGAUGCCAUGGAUACGACGAGCACGGCGGAGAGUGGCAUUCCUCCCUUGGCGAUCGAGAUCGUCCAGGAGAUGACGCUCCUGUUUGCGGGCGAACUGAUUCCGGUGGCGCCCAAGGCGCAACGGAAGGUGCCUCUGCCCGAUGGCCUCGAUUUGGACGAGUGGAUCAAUGCUCCGCCACCAGAGGAUGCGGCCAGCAGUUCGUCCUCGGACCAUGACAAAGACGAGCUCUUCGUCAGCUCCUCCCAGGGUGGAUCCGGUCUGGGUGAUGGCGGUGGCGGCGGCGGGAGCGGGGCAAAGCGUCGCCAAAGCCUGGAACUCACGCCCGAGCAACUGGAACGGCAGCGAACUGCCCGCCUCAUGGAGCAGUCAAACAAUCCCCACUACCUCAAGUCCACGCCCUCGGCGAGCAGUGCGUCCGCGAAUGCCGACCAGUACGACAAUAUCGAUGAUAUACCGAUCACGGAACUGCCGCUGGACAUGGAGGGUGUGGCCGCCUUAAGAGUGGGCAUCACCAAACGUUCGGAUAAAUACCUACAGGAGCAGCAGGCCGCUUCGAGUGGCAAGGACGGCAAGAAGAAACACAAAAAGGGCAAAAAGAGCAAAAAGGCGAAGAACAAAGUGGCCUACAACAGCAGUUCCGAGUCCGAAGGAGAGCCGAAACCCUUGCACAUUGUUAACACCACAUUGGACAUGCCCGAAGGCGUUUCCCUCUCGGACAGCGAGGACAAAGACGGCAAAUACGAUCCCAAUGAUCCCCAUCGUGCCCUGGACAUUGAACUGGACAUAACGGACUUUGAGCCACAAGCUUCAAAAUCCACGUACAAGAAGUCAUCCUCCGGGAAAGAGAAUCUCAAGGUGCCAGCGGACUCUGCCGGCAGCAGUAGCACCUCCAAGAAGGACCGCAAAAAGGACAAGGACCGGGAGGGGAAGCGAGAGCACAAGCGGGAACGUAAGACGACUGCCGCUGCUGCUGCUGCUGCUGCUGCCUCCCAGCCGGUGAUCGAUCUCAUUGACGCCGACACGCCCACACCAAGCCCCAGCCAUAAUGCCAGCCAAGCCCCCAGCAACGAGAACAACAAUACGGCGAAUGUCCUUCCAGAUGCCGGCAAGCAUCACAAGAAGAAGAAGAACAAGGAGAAGUCGCGGGAAGCGAUUAUCGAUGUGGCCGCCGAUGAGGAACAGGCGGGUGAACCGUCGGCGUCCAAGUCGCACAAGAAGAAGCAUAAAAAGGACAAGUCGCAGCGCAAGGAGAAGAAGGCUUCCGCAUCCGCAUCCGCAUCCGUAUCUGAAUACGAACAGCCACUGGGCAUCUCAACGCCCAGCAAAGAGAUUUUUUAAUUUCUAAGUAUGCUCCAAGUUCCACAACUAUUAUUACUAAUUAUACACUUCUUUUUUUUUUUUAUUUUCGAUUCAUUGUAACCAGAAGAUGAAGAAGAAGUAUCAUCUAGUACUAUCAUUAUCCUUUCCAUUCUCAUCAUUAAGUUCAAAAAAAAUGAAAAAUGCCUCCUAAAGAAACAAAAAAAACUAAACAAAUUAUCGCUGCGAUAUAAAAAACAUUGAACAAAAUUGAUAUGCUGAUAACAAAAAAUAAAAACUAAACCAAUAUUAAAUUGUAUAUAUAUAUUGCUAUAAAUAUAUAUAUAUAGAAAAUGCCGCCAGUCUGCCAGUCGCGGCUUAAAACAGAAGUAGAACCGAUGGAUCGGAUGGAUCAAUUAUAUGCAUUCGUGUACUAUCUAUUUUUGAUGAAUUUGUAGCCUAGAAAGCAUGCGAUUUCACAACAGAACAACACACACACACACACACACCAACACACAACUAUAUAACUAUAACUAUAGAUAUAUAAAUAUAUAUAUAUAUAUUAUAUAUAGAAAUUUUUUAAAGAAUCCGGCAUGGAGUGUAAAAACAUGUAAACCUACGAAUCAAACUUUAAGUACUGCUACUGAGAAAUGGGGGGGAGAGAGCAACGGAAGAGAAGCUAACGUGAAAUUAUAUUCAUACAUACUAUAUAUUAUGUACAAGAGUCCACAAUCACACCCACAUCCAUUCAAAAACCCCACACAUCAAGAUAUAUAAACGUUAAAUAAAUGGAAAGUACAAUAUAA